AUGUCAGGUGUUGGUGCCUUUCUGAAGGCGUUCGACUUGGAAACCCCCGAACAGCGCGCUGCCGCUGCAUCGGCUGCCGAGAUCCAUCAGGCGGCGACAAGCAGCAGCACAUUGUCGAGUCGCCAAGACACGCAGACUUUAGACGCCGAAAAGCAGAAAAUACACCACUACGAUGAAUUCGACCAGGUGCCUGGAAAUAUCCAAAAGUAUUGGGACCAGCGCUAUGACAUCUGGUAUAAGUACGACGAAGGCGUUUGGAUGACCGAUGAUGCAUGGUUCGGCGUCACACCCGAGCCAGUUGCAUGCAGAAUCGCCGAGCAGGUCGCAAGUGCAGCUCCGGCCAGCAAGACCGCCAUUAUUGAUGCCUUCGCCGGUGCUGGUGGCAAUGCCAUCGCCUUUGCUAGGAGUGGUCGUUGGGAGAGAAUAUUCGCCUUCGAGAAAGACCCGGAUGUUCUUAAAUGUGCCAAGCACAACGCUGAGGUGUACGGCGUCGCCAACAAGAUCUGGUGGGUUGAGGGUGAUUGCUUCGAGAUCAUGAAGAAACGCUUUCCCUCCUUUGAUGAGAGCAUGGUGGUCUUUGCAAGCCCUCCGUGGGGUGGUCCGACAUACCGGGGAGACAAUGUCUUCAGUCUCAAGACUAUGCAACCUUAUAACCUCAAUAAGCUGUAUAAGAGCUUCACUAAGGUCGCGAAGGAGGUUGUUCUGUAUCUCCCGCGUACCUCUGACCUGAAUCAGCUUGCAAAGUAUGUGCCUGAGGGCCAGAAAAUUCAGGUCGCACACUAUUGCGUGUGGGGCGCCAGCAAGGCCCUCUGCGCGUUCUACGGUGAUUUUGGCGUGCUUUCCUAG